AUGACCUCUCCCAAAAAGGUGGGUGAUGACAUCGCCAAGGCGACCAGCGACUGGAAGGGAUUGAAGAUCACAGUCCAGCUGAUCGUACAGAACAGACAGGCACAAAUCUCAGUGGUACCUUCUGCUGCCGCGCUGGUCAUCAGAGCACUCAAGGAACCACCACGUGACCGCAAGAAGCAGAAGAACAUCAAACACAAUGGCAACAUCACCCUUGAAGACGUCAUUGGAAUUGCCAAGAUCAUGAGGCCCAGAUCCAUGGCGCGUCACCUUUCCGGCUCAGUAAAGGAGAUCCUUGGCACCGCACAGUCCGUCGGAUGCACAGUGGAGGGCAGGCCCCCCCACGACCUCAUCAAUGACAUCAACAGUGGAGCCCUGACCAUUGAUGAAUAAAGAUUUAAGGAUAUAACUUAAA